AAAGAGGCGACGUAGCUGGCCCUCGACGCGGCUGCUGUGCUGAUUAGUGUGGACGGCACGAUCCACUGCAGCAGCAUGGGAGGCGGGCGGAGCGGGGCGACGUGGGGGAGAGGGACCGAGUCACGGCAAGUCCCUCAGUACUACACCGCGCCGCCUACUUGGCCACUGGCUUUAAUCGGAGAAGGGGCUCGGCGUGAUCCAAGAAUACAGCAGCUUACCUCUGCCUGCCUGUCAAUCCGCCGCCUUUUAAUGAAUGCUCUGAAAGCCCCUCUUAGUCUCGCGCGGGGCAGCUUAAGCGUUUCCGGUCAUCUGCAAGAGGAAACCUCUUUUUUUUUUGGCUAGUUCCCCGCUUGCAUUGCAGAGAAAACCUUGAAAGACAGGAAACCCACCCACCCCCAGCACGUACUCUUUUGAAAGAAAGAGUCCCGAAGCACGUAGGGGGAAACGAAGCCUUAUGUUUUCAUAAUCUUAUUAAGGUUGCGCAGGGCGCCACUCCCGGGCACGUGGAAAGUUGGAAACUCUCCUCCGCCUAAAAGGCGUGUGGGGGUGCGGAAUGCGGGCAGUGUGCGUGAUUCUCCCUCGGGUCUAUGCAGAGUGUCUAAACACGUGUCUGUAGCCCCUCAAACGGUCAUAUUUUAUGGCCCUUGGUACCUGCAUCCCUGUGUGCUCUUUGCAGCCUUUGCCUCUUGGUCCUCCCCCUCCCGCUUUGUCUCCCUAAACGCCCCCGCCCUGUCAUUCUGUAAAGCACCGUGUGAAUGGAUGGUAUUGCACUAUUAUUAUUUACUACAAGAGUGGUGCACACGGCUCGUUCAUCACACAAUGCACAGUCAGGGGUGUAGCUAGGAAAGAGGGGACUGUGUUCACCCCUCGAGUGAGAAAUAAUGAAGAAAAUAGGGGUGGCUCUGGAGGGCCUGGGUUCUUUGAACCUAUCGGCUCAAUUAUAGCUACACCCCAAUGUGGCUUGUUUGCAGCCUUUGCCUCUUCCUCCCCUCAUUUUGUUGUCUCCCUAAACUGCAGCCAGUCCUGGCCCUCUGCCAAAAACUAUUUGUCAGAAUCGUAGUUUAAGGUAUACACUCUAAAAAUCUAAUGUGCCUGCCUAGGAUUGCCAGUUUUGGGGUUUUUUUUACUGAUCCUUGCACCUCCUAUGCCUUUGAUAGCAGCUUGAGCUUCCGACAUUUUGCAGGUGAUGGUGCUUAUCUUCUUUCCUUUAAAAAUGUCACCUACUGAUUUCUGCAGAUUACACUCCUGUUAAAGACGCAUGUGAAAGCUUCUGGUCAUUUGGCAACCCAAUAUUAUGUUAUAGAUGCAACACAUUAACAAAAGACAUUUACGCUGCCUAGUUCAGAAGAAGGAGUAACUAAGGUUGCCAACUGAUCUGUAAAAAAACUGAUCUGGACUGCCCCUCAUGCCUUUAGCAGGAGAUGGAUUGGCAGGAACAGAUUUACAAGAUAUAGUGCGUAAAAGUCAAUCUUAUUUAUUGAGCCUUAGCAAAAAGUCAGGUGCAGGAGAAUGAAUGGUUGAAUAACUGCAAUGAAGCUGCAGUGAGGACCCAGUCUUUGUUUACAUUUUGGAAAGCUAGUUGUUUGUUUUUCAUCAGGAAACUGUGUUCUAUGUGGGAAGACAUCCAGGCUCAAACUGCAAACGUGCCUAUGUAGGGUCCCCAUGUUCUCAGUGGUGAAGGAACUGACAGGUGGUUACCUGGGAUGACGGCGAGACGCAAAAGCGCAUGGCUGGGGCUGGUGUAGAACAUCCAUGUCUGAUGUCCAUUCUCCCAGCUGCUCAGCCUUUUCCUGUUGCCUGUCAUCAUUACCAUUCACAUUGCCAUGUUGUCAGAGUUUCAAUGGAGGAGUCUCCGUCAAACCUUAUUGGUGCUCUUCACCGCCACCCUUCUCAUUGGAAUAACCAUGCUGGCCAUCUCCUCUGAUGUCAACGCAGUAGGAUACUUCUUCCUUGGGGUGGGGGGUCUGUGCUUUCUUGGCUACCUCUUUAGUGUGGCUGUAGAGCAUUACCAGAAGCGUCAGAAUCCAACGGAAGGAAAUAAUACCGCCUCAAGGAGACAAAGUCAGACAGGCCGAGACAAUGCAGCAUAUGAAGCACCAGCAUAUGACGAGGUGGCGGCAACAGGCUACGUAUCAACGCCAACUGUCUGGACCAUCACCUCUAGUCCAGGAUCAUCCCAGGCAGAGCCCCCUCCAUACAGUGUGGUUAUUGAGCCACCUGCCCAUGGAGAGACUGUGGUGGAAGCAUUCAGUGUCUCAGUGGCACCAGGCACUCGCCGUGCAUCAGAGGCAGAUUUGCACUCAAAGCUACGCCUUAGGUUGGUGCUGCCCCCAAGACUGCAGCGGUUUGUCUCGGAUACCCAUGAACUCAAAGGGACUGAAGAGCAGCCAGAACGACUGGAACCUCUGACUCCACCUCCUGCUUAUGAACAUGUCACUGGUGAAGAGGUCUUUGAAGAAGCCUUCCAGCCCACAAGGCUAUGACUGAAAGGCCACGGGGCCAAUGUGGUCCACGUGUUCUUGGACUUGUAGCACAGGCUACUUGGAAACUGGCACUGGAGACGGCUAGCUUGUGGAAUGGACAACCAAGUAUUCCAUCCUAUCCAAAGAGUCUCUGUACAGAGUUGGGGAGGAAUGAUGGGGAUGAAAUUGGUUUCAUUUCAUCAAUGAAGUAUGAGCGACACAGAGUAAUAAUGGCUCUUUCCGUUGGACCAGUUCUAGCCACUGAAAAUACUUCUCGCAACAUUUCAUUAAUUUGUUCUUCACCAGGCAUAAGUGAUCCAAGUAAAGCUAUACAUAAAUAAAAUGUGGGCCUCUGGUUUCCCUGACAAAUCUG